AUGAAGUUGUGUGCGCGGUGCGAGACGAGCCGGGCGGCGAUGCGCCGGCCCAAGACGGGCGCUGCGCUGUGCCGGGAGUGCUUCUAUGCUGCGUUUGAGGAGGAAGUCCAUGAGACCAUUGUUUCCGAGAACCUGUUUACACCGGGCGACGUUGUCGCCAUUGGCGCGUCUGGCGGCAAAGCCAUCACGACGGGUGAGGGCGGGGACCUGCCGCGAUCAAAGCCGUUCAAGUACACAUAUGAGAAGGAGAUUGUCAUGUACGCGUACUUCAAGAAGCUCGAUUACUUCAGCACAGAGUGCACCUACUCGCCCAACGCAUACCGCGGCUUUGCACGCACGUUUCUCAAGGACCUCGAGACCAUCAAACCAAGCUCCAUUAUCGACAUUAUUCACAGUGGAGAGGCACUGCACGUCAAAGAGGAAGUUACGCUGCCACCCCAAGGCACGUGCAUCCGGUGCGGGUAUAUGACCAGCUCUGACCUGUGCAAGGCGUGCGUGCUGCUGGAAGGUCUCAACAAAGGUCGCCCAAAGCUGGCUGUCGGCAAGAAGCGACACGAGGAGCGACUGCGUGCAGAUGACUCCAUCACGGAUCCAACGACAGCAACAGCACCGUCAUCAUCAUCAUCCUCGUCUUCGUCUUCGUCACAGCACACCACACAGGGUGCACGACCACCAUCCACAACCACCACCACCACCACCAUCAACCCAAAGCAUGUUGUGGAUGCGUGGUGAGUCAUCGUUGUCGAAUAUCAUGAAUAAUGCCGUAUAAAAUUCCACUUUCCCCCGCA